UGAGGAAGGCAUCAACCACAUAGGUGGCAUAAGUUAGUUUUUUUUUGCUGCUAGAAAUAAAUGAAUUAACAAUAACAACAAAAACAACUUGGUUGACCGGGAAUGCUACCUUUUACAGCUUGCAUCAAUGAUUGUUACAUAUUACUAAAAUGCCUAUGAUUACAUCACACAAUUAUGAAUAAAUUGAUAGACACAGUUUCUUUAAAACAACAAUCCUUGAAUGGCUUUGCCAAUUCAUUUUGGAGCAGAUAUUUGUUAAUCUGAAUUAAAUACAGACCAUUACAAUAAUGAACGGUUUCUCAUUUUUUAGAUUAUUUUAACAAAAAUUAGCAAAUUUAUGUUAAAACAUUAUAGAAACUGUAGAUCGAAUAGGUUCCCAACGUUCUACAACACAAAUAUUAAAAUUUGAAUAAAAGUUUUCAAUCUUUCUUAAUUCUCACAACAAAAUGAGCGUUUUCUGGGUCCUUUACCCUUUACCCUCCCUACAGUGCGUGAGGGAACUCCCGUUGAAAGAAACGAGAAUGAUUUGAUAGGUCCCAGGUGUUGACUAAACUUACUCGUUUUUUCUGUAACUGAUACACUUCUGUUGUGGACAACUUCUGAAAACAAUUCAUUCAGUCAGCAAAAGCACCUUGGCUAACAUUCAAACAUGUGGGAAACAAUCCUAAUAGGGCUUAAAUUAGUGCGUACCAUGAUUUGGUUCAAUAUCUGGAAUUGGAUGGUUGGAUUCUGGCCGGGUUUUCAAAGACCAGUUGUGGAAGUUCGUCAAGGAAGAGUUCGCGGUAUUACCAGUGUGCUACCAAAUGGAGGAUCGUAUCAUUUUUUCAAAGGAAUUCCGUACGCAAAACCACCGACUGGACGGCUUCGCUUUCAAUCUCCAGUUCCAUUACAACGCUUCAAUCAACCUGUACUGAACUGUAGUGUUGAGAAAGCUGGCUUCAUACGACCUUGCAUGUUUAGCAGUUGGUUUACCGAGGGCUCUGAAGAUGGACAGUUCUUGAAUGUUUACACUCCCGGACUUCCCGUGAAUGAUUUGGUAAAGUAUCCGGUGAUGGUGUUUGUCCAUGGUGGAGGCUUCCGGACCGGAACUGCUAGUGAAUACUUUUACGAUCCCAAAUAUCUAGUUCAAAGGGGGGUCGUUGUGGUUAUCAUGUCGUACCGUUUAGGACCUCUAGGUUUUCUAAGCAUGCCGAGUGUUGGCAUAAGCGGCAAUGCGGGUCUGAAGGAUCAAGUAAGUCGAGGUGUGGUUGGUCGAGAAAUAAAAAAAUAAUCUCUUUAUUUGUAUAAUUAUACCUGAAUAGCGUCUUGCUCUUCAAUGGGUUCAGGAAAAUAUACAUAAAUUUGGUGGAGAUGCACAAAAUGUUACCUUUUUUGGCCAAAGUGCAGGCAGCAUGUCUGUGUAUUUGCACUAUUUAUCACCCAAGUCCAGGUAAUAACAUCCCAUCUAGGAUAACAAGUUUAUCAUUAAGAAUUGAUUUACAGGCAAUAUUUUCAUCGAGCAAUUUGUAUGAGUGGAGUGAUGUGCACUGAAUCAGAUUUUCAAGUUGAACCAGAAGAAAAAGCCAGAAAACUUGCUCGCCUGUUAGGAUAUCGAGGAACGAGUGAUAACGAUGUAUUGGGUAAGCGGAUAACAAAAUAUUUCUGAUGGUACUUGAAAUACUGAAAUAUACAUUUCCUAAACCGUAUUUUCUAGAAACCCUGCUGAAAGCAUCAGCAAGAUCAUUGAUCAGACUCCAAAACCAUGUCGCAAGCCAACAGGAGAAAGGUGAUCCGUUACAGUUUUUAUUCAGACCUGUCAUAGAGCAAGAUGUUUUCAAAGACGCCAUAAUC